AUGCGACGGGUCGCCCGAGCGCUCGCGCGUGAGACGCGCGCGAUCUCGUGCGAGACGACGGCGUGGACGCGCGCGCGCGUCGACGGCGAGCGCGCGGUCGUCCGAGGGGGGUGCGCGCGGGGCGCGCGCGGGGCGUCGACGGCGACGCGGCGGACGACGGGCGCGGACGACGACGACGACGGCGCGUCGACGCUUCGCAGGCGGUUCAGCGCGCGGAAGAUCGUGAAAGGGAUCACGCGUGAGUCCUUGUGCGCGGUCGUGGCGGACGUGGAUCAGUAUUCGAGUUUCGUGCCGUUUUGCGCGGGGGCGAGACGGACGCCGCGGGCGCGCUGGGGGGUCGAGCGGGAGCGGGAGGCGCUCGCGCGAGGGGAGGAGUACUUUGAGGCGGAUUUGGAGAUUGGGUUCAAGCUGUUCAAUGAAAAGUAUACGAGCGCGGUGACGUGCGCGAGACCGGAGAAAGUGACGGCGACGAGCGUGUCGAGCGGUUUGUUUCGCUCGAUGACGACGACGUGGACGUUUUCUCCGCUCGACGACGACGACGCGGACGGCGACGACGCGCUCUCGGGGUUACCCCCGAGCGACGGCGUGGUGGUGGAUUUCGAAAUCGAUUUUGAGGUCAAGGAUCCCAUGCACGCGGCCGCGGUGAGCGUCGUCUUCGACGACGUCGCGCGGUCGCAGAUUCAAGCGUUUGAAAAGCGAUGUCGACAGCUCGCGCUUGAAAACGCCUCCUUCCACGCGAAAGGUUGA